AUACUCAAAGCCAUCAACCACACUACAGACAAUAUUCACAAGUACAAGGGCACUAUAUACCUUUACACGGACAGUAGAACGGCCCUUAGUAUCCUCACGAAUGGCAAGAGGCACAUCGGCCUUUCUGCCAAUCUUAUCUCCAAAGCCAAUAACCUCAGCAAGAUCAGAAAACUCCACUUCAAUUGGAUCCCUGGGCAUACGGGGCAAGCUGGUAAUGAACUAGCGGAUAAACUAGCUAGGAAGGCUUGCAUCCUGAAUAGGGAACCAUCCUACAAGAAACUUCCUCAUUCAUGGUUAAAAAACCAGCUUACCAACUUAGCUCUCAACGAGUGGCAACACGAAUGGGAAAAUGCAGACACAGGGAGGAAAACUUACGCCUUCAUUCCAUCUAUUACUCACCGUGUCAAGGCCACACACUACACUCCAAAUGCCGAGACUACCCAAAUUUUGACCGGGCACGGCAACUUUCAUGCCUAUCUCCACCGCUUCGGUAAAAUGGACAACUUUCAACCUCUGCGACUGUGA